UGGGGAGAACUAAACAAGUUCUUCCAACCACAAUUAUUUAGGUACAGAGGGAGUAUGUAUGAAACGUCUUAGAGCAUCUAUAGCAGACCCUGCAGUUUCUGAAACUGCAAACGCAGUUUGCAGUCCAGUGCAAACUGGGUUGCAGUUUCAGAAACGCGUUGCGCAGAACAGACACGGUAAACAUAACUGCAAAUUUAAACAUUCAAACUACGCGGGAGAUCAGUUCAUCCAAUAUUAGUUCAUCCGUUGUUUGUUAAUUUUUUUUUUUGGGGGGGGGGGUGUUAAACAUUGUCACAGAUGGCCAAAAUGCUUGAAGACGUGGCCCUAACCCUACACAGACCAAAAUUAGCUCACCGGAGCUCACAAGGUGCGGCCGCGCCAUCGCCGGAGUGCAUUCACUCCUCGCCAGAGUCGUCGUCGACGUAGAUGACGACGUAGAGAAUUGCGUUACCAUUUUUUAUUUUGAAAAUAAAAUUCCUUCUGACAUACAACAAGUGCGGCAGUCUCUUAACAUGUCACAAACUAGUGAUGAUGUAAGUGCUAUUUUGGUGUAAUGAUGAUGUAAGUGCUAUUUUGGUGCUUUUCGAUGAUAUAGCUUCUUAUGCAAGGGUGGAAAUUUACAUGACGUGAAAAUUUUAAUAUCUACAAGCCUCACAAAUAAUGUCUGAGUAACCCAUAUUUUUUAGGUUAUCAUAGUCCUUAGAUGGUCAUCUCUUUUCACACCACUAGGUAAUGGGUUUGAGUAACUCUGACCUUCCAUGUGAAAAGAAGAGGUAAGAAGGAUCAUGUUAAAAUUGCGCAUUUUUUGUAUAGUAUAUAUUUGACAUUAGAUAAACAGUUUUCUCUAUAAAUUUUGUCAAUGUUUAUGAAGCUUGACUUUUGUGAAAAUCAAAAUUACAUCUUCAUAGCUAUAUUGCGCCGUGAAUUCUCCUUCUACCUGUAUCAGUAAACUAUUGGCAAGAAAUAAAAGGCAAAAGAGACUAACCAACUCUCUUUUUAGAGUAGAGAUUUUGCUCAUCACUAACUUAAAAUUAACACUUCAUUCGUAAUAUAGUAUAUCUCAGUAGCCCGCCCGCUUGCAUCCCUACACAACAUCAUAAAAUGUGUGUGGCAUGUUGCUAUUCUCUAGGAGGAUUGGUUCUAGAGAAUCCUGCACCACAUAUCUAGGCUAGUUUGUGGAAUAUUGGAUAAAACUAGCUCUACAACUAAUAUUUAAAAUUAUUUGUACACUAUAUAGUGGUAUAAGUAUAUACUAGAAACCAUUAGCUAGAUAUUUGUUAAGCAAUAUACUUUAGAAAUAUGUAUAUAAGGAAACAAUCUGGAAGGAUAUCAAAAUACAUAAGAACACACACACACACAAAAAUGUAAAAUCAGUAUUUUUUCAUUUGGGUCUGUAUAUAUCUUUGUAAAAUAUACUCCCUCCGUUCCAAAAAAUUUGGCUUAGAUUUAUCUAGAUAUAAAUGUAUCUAAUCAUGUUUUAGUAUUUAGAUGCAUUUAUUUCUGAAUAAACCUAAGACGAGAAUUUUAGUACGAAGGUGUAUCAAGUAUACCUAUGACGAGAAUAAACUAAUUAAAGAACCGUACGUGCAGGCACGUCGUCUAUGCACCGGCCACAACCAAGUCAUCAGCGUGCGUGGUGCGUACGUGCACGACUUAAUCAGCCAAUGCUUUUAAAUCGAUGCACGACUUGAUCAUUAGCGCACAGUCAACGACGUGGCAAGCACAACGAGCUGCUUCCAUUUUCUUCUUCCAUUCCAUGGAAUCAAUCAUCAUACGUGUUGGCAGAUUGGUUAUCCGGCUCUCCAAGAAAAGCUGGGAACAUCGCAAUGGCGCCACCCCCGCACAAGCUCGCCACGAUGGUCGGAUGGUCGGCCUCGGCAUUCGUCGCCGCCGUGCUCGCCCGCCUGAUCCGCAAGGGCAUCGCGCUGCUGGCCGAGCUCGACGAUGCCGCGGCGGGCCACCUGCGCCGCCUCGAGGGGCUCCUCGCGGCCGUCUGGCGCGUGCUCGACGCGGCGGACGCCGGCGCCAUCGACUCGAGCCAGCGCCCCAUCCAGGACCUGCUCGACGCGGCCUACUCGGCGGACGACGCCCUCGACGACCUCGAGUACGCGCUCCUUCAUGCUCAUACCAAGGUGGCCGGAGGCGGUGAGCCCGGGUCAAACGCCAGCACGCCGGCCUCGGUCGCCGGGGCCGCCGCCGCCAGGAAACCGCGCAGCCCUAUGAGGUUCUUGCUGUGCUUCAGCCCGCCAAGAACCGCUUCAUCUGCUGGCAGCUUCAACUGGAGAAGCUCAAGCAAGAAGAGGAGCAGCGCCGUCAAUGUCAAUCUGGACGGACUAAGAGAAGCAUUUGAGGCGGUGGCUCAGGCGGCCUACAGGUGCACGUCCAUGUACGAGCACGUCGUGCCGCCGAUGAACUACGCCACCAUCGUCUCAGUAAAAUCGCCAGGGGAUGCCGUACGUGAUAAGUACGACAUCUUCGGCAGGGAGGCCGAGGUGGACCAGAUCGUCAAGACGGUGAGGCUCGGCGACGACCUGCGAUACCGCCUUGGGGUCGGCGUGCUCCCCGUAGUCGGCGCCGAGGGGGUCGGCAAGACGGCGCUCGCCCAGCUCAUCUUCCACCACGAGAUCAUCAAGGGCGAGUUCCCCGUGCGCAUGUGGGCGCACGUCUCCGGCGAGCUCCUGCUCAGUAAGCAGCUCAUGGCCCAGAUGAUCCAUCGGGUGGUCACCGGAGAUGCCGGCCAUGACGUCCAGGGCGCCAGGGAGCUUCUGCUGGCGCAGCUGGCCGGCAAGAGGUUCCUGCUCGUGCUUGACCACGUCACAGAUGUCAGCGAUGCCCAGUGGAGAGAUCUGAUGGAGGUGCUGCAACCAGCUGCUCGGAGGAGCUUGAUCAUUGUGACAACUCAAUCCGAAGAUGUCGCUACAGCUAUAGGGACAAUGCCCCCGCUGAUCCUCAGCCUUCUGGCAUUCGAUGACUACUGGAGGAUGUUCAAGCAUUUCGCAUUUGGGGCUGCAGAUGAAGCCGAAGAAGACUGCACUCCGCUGGUGGACGAAUGGGACGACCUCGAAGAGGAGGAUGAGCUAUCACCCAUGGAGCAAAUCGCAUGCCAAAUAGCCAAGAACAUGGGCUGCUCAACGUUACCGGCACGGGCAAUCGGGCGUUCACUGUACUUCCGGCGGGAUGAAGAAGGCCACUGGAAAGAUGUGCUGGAUGAUAACUUGUGGCAGCAGGGGGACAUCGGCGGGAUCUCGCCGGCGCUCUGGCUGAGCUACCAGCACCUGGAUCCCCGCCUCAAGCAGUGCUUCGCAUACUCUGCAGUGUUUCCGGGUGACUAUGUCUUCCGAAAGGAAGAACUGGAGCAGAUGUGGGUAGCACAUGGAUUCAUAUACUCCGACGAUCCCGCGGCGACAUUGGAGGACGUCGCCGGCGAGUUCUUCGAUGAACUUGUCGAGCGAUGCUUCUUCCAGCCUCUGGGAAGGAACAGAUAUGUCAUGAACAACAUGAUGCAGAAGCUGUCCCAAGCCGUCUCGGCGAGUCAGUAUCACAUGGUCACUGAUAGCUCAGGAGAAGUGCCACAGGAAGUUCGUCACCUCACAAUCACAACUAACAACCUGCUGAAGCUGAAAAUGGAUCUGGCAUUGCAGCUAUCACAUCCAUCUGAUCAUCAUUUCCUCCAGCAGGUUCGCACAAUUCUGUUCUUCGAAGAUUUUGGCGAUUCAGAUGAUUUCUUGGAAGUUCUAGCCGAGAUCUUGUUGAUCGCAAAGAGCGUGAGGGUCCUCGGCUUAUCGUCUGCAAACAUUUCACUUCUGCCUGCUGAGAUCGGCCUGCUCCGACACCUCCGGUAUCUCAACCUAUCCAGGAACAGACUCACUGAACUUCCAGAGGCAAUGUGCCAGCUCCACCUGCUGCAGGUCAUUGACGUCAAGUGCAACUCUCCUUAUCUCCGUCCUCCCAAUGGCAUGACAAAUUUGAUUAAUCUGAGGCAUCUGCGUGCAUGUGAAGCUUUCCUUUCAGCCAUACCUGACAUGCAACUACUCCCAAAUCUACAAGAACUGGAGGCAAUCUGCAUCAAGAGUGGGGCACAUGCCAAUGCCCUACGCCAAAUGGUACAGCUCAAAGGCGCACUUCGCGUUGCGAAUCUCCGACGGAGCGAUGCUAGUGGGUUCAAGAAGGGUAUCUUGAAGGGAACAAAGCACCUGAACAAAUUACAGCACCUGAGCAAACUACACCUGUCAUGGGCCAGCAGCUCCAUGGCCGGAAGCAACGAGGUUUCAGUUGAUGAUGAAGAGGUGUUUGAGUGCCUGCAGCCACAUGAGAACAUAAAGGUUCUGAUGGUUUCAGGCUAUGCAGGAAUAAGGUCUCCAACAUGGAUGCUGAAGACCUCUUGCUCGCUGCCUAAUGUGACAACAAUGUACCUGACCGACUGCAUGAACUGGGAGAGCCUUCCUUGCUUGCAUGACAUGCCUUGCCUCGAGGUCCUUGAGAUCAAGAGGAUGCAUUCUGUCAACAAUGUGACCAUUUCUCAACUAUCAGACCAAGAACUGUUCCCGAAGCUCAAAAGGCUCACCAUCGAAGACGCAUUGCAUUUCACCGGGUGGUCGACGGACAACUCGGCAAGGAACACGGCGUUCCCCUGCCUCUGCAAGCUAGAGAUAAGAAACUGUCCCAGCCUGACGGCCUUCCCAGACGUUCCCCUUUCACUCACCACCAUGAUCAUUGAAAAUGUUGGUCUCGAGCUGCUGCCGACGAUUCACGGCAAGCAGUCAUCAUCAGAAGAUGCAAUGCCAUCAACAUCAGAGGAAGGUGGUAGAUGGACGUCGAGGCUCACCACGUUACACAUACAGCGGUGCCACAAGCUGAGGUCCCUGGGAUCCGGCCUUCUUCAGCAACAGCACCUCCUCCGGUCUCUCGAGUCUUUGUCGAUCAAGAGCUGCGAGGACGUCGCCUGCGAUCUGCCCGACGGCUUCAAGGACCUCACCGCGCUGAGGGACCUCUCGUUGUACGACUGCCCGAAGCUGCUCGUCGACAAGUUCCACGCGUCGCUGCGGACGCUGGAGAUCAGCGAGUGCUUCGUCGCGCAGGGCGGGUGGGUCGACGACUACCCUUUCCUCUUCUCGGUGUGGGUACUGAAGAUCAGCGGCUGCUCGCACGUGAGCUCCGAUCAUGGUGGCAAGGUCGUUGAGCCUCUGGACUGGCUGAGCUCCAUGUUCAACGUGUACAGCCUUCAGUUGGAGAACACAUCGUUUGUGAGCCUGAACAUGUUUGACAAGCUCCAUUCCCUUGAGACCCUCGAGAUGGACGGGAUCCGCGGCGCGUUCUUCGACGGUUCGUGGGAGUUCGAGUGGCUGGAGAAGCUGCACACCCUGAGCAUCAGAAGCUGCAGUGAGCUCAGUGGGCUGCCGGAGAACCUGUACACUCUGCCUGCGCUGGAAGAGCUGUGUGUGGACAACUGCCCGGCUAUUCAGGCACUGCCGGCGAACGGCUUGCCGGCGUCACUGAAGAGGUUGUCCAUAUCCAAGUGCAGCCCAGAGCUGAUCCAGAGGUGCCUCGACGACGAACUUGAUGGGCCCAAGAUUGCCAAGGUUGGUGCUGUUUACAUCGAUGGGCAAAACGUUGUUGCUCGGCAGGAAUAGUGCUGCAUCCUUGUUCCCCUCCCCUGUAUAUGCAGACAUUGUGUAAUUGGUUUAAGAGUACUUGAUUGAUCUAUGCAUCCAUCUGAAUCGUACUAUGAAA